CAGAUUCCUGAGGAAAAGAAACCCAAGGAGCAUAAUCAGCCUAAGUGCACCACUGAGGGAAAGCCAACUGUGCCACCAGAGACCGGUUCAAGGAUUGUUGACUCACAUCAGGAUAAGAUCCUGUUUACAACACUUGAUAAAUUAAAGAUUAAGAGGACACAUAAAUCGGAAUCAUCAAGAAUGGUCAAUGACGUGGUAAAGUGUAUAAGUGACCACAUGAAAAAGUGUACAGAAUGCUUCAAAGAUGUAAAUGUUCUGCACACUGGAAGUUACUACGAAAAUCUAAAGGUGGGUCAUGAAAUUAAAUUGUGCACCACCAACGUGACCCAAUACGGUUGCAUGCCUUGAUCAAUAUAGAUGUCUAAUCCGGACGAAUUUGACGUGAUGUUUAAUUGUCUGGUCGAGCGGGUGGAUAUUCAAGCCAUUUGGGGAUGAUGGAGCUUUUUAUAGCGUGGUAUUUAAACGGGGAAAACACCCUCUGGAUCGCUUUCUAAAUAAGGACAACACGGUAUCUGCGAGUAGAAUGSUUUCGGAGUUCAGAAAAGAAGUGAUAAAGUUUGUGAAGAAACAGAAAGACGUGUUGUUGGAGAAGAAGAAGAAGGGUUGCCCGGCGGUGACCUUAACGAUAAACGGGACGGGAACUGUCCCCAUCUCACUGGACAUUGUUCUGGGACUACAGGUCAAAUCGAGCUGGCCCACUUYCGCCCAAGAAGGCUUCAAAAUAGACAACUGGCUUGGGACCAAAGUGAAGAAAGAACUUAAGUCACAGUCAUACUACCUCGUUCCGAAGUAUGAGGGAAAGGGCACGGUGGAACUGGAAGGGGUCUGCGCUAGAGACUCYUGGCGCAUCUCAUUCUCGCAUGUGGAGAAGAGUAUCCUAACAAAUCAUGGCUCCCAGAAGACCUGUUGCGAGGCCAGCGGAAUUCGCUGCUGCAGGAAGGACUGUCUGAAGCUUCUGAAGCACCUGUUAAGCCUUUUGAAGGCAGAGGACCCUAGUCUGUCCAAGUUCUGUUCCUACCAUGCAAAGACCACCCUUCUGCACGCAUGCUGCUCCAGGACCAAGGACAGUGACUGGGAGGCGACGCAGCUGGGACCCUGCUUCCAGCAGCUGCUGAGGGACUUUGAGGGCCACCUGAAAKACGGCAAGCUCCCCAACUUCUUCAUCCCCACACACAACCUGCUGGGCUCUGACCACGACCGCAAGAGCUGCCAGAUCCUGGCCAAGUGCAUUGAGGAGCAGCGCAACAAAGGUUUCCYCGUCUUCGGCUAGUGAGUCGGGACUACCUCGAUCACUGCACCCUUAGU